CUCCAAUAUUGAAAACAAUUCCAUUGAAAUAAUUCCUAUACAGGAAGUUAGUCACUCCAAUAUUGAAAACAAUUCCAUCGAAAUAAUUCCUAUACAAGAAGUUAGUAGCUCCAAUAUUGAAAAUAAUUUCAUUGAGAUAAUUCCUAUACAAGAAGUUAGUCAAUAUAUUAUAAAUACAAUUGAUGACUUAGAAGACUAUGCUGAACUUUCUCUUGUCCUUCGUAUUCAGCUUGAUGAAUCCAUGAUAAGUGAUACUGAUAUAAAUGUCAAAACCAUAGCGAAAUUAAUAAUUGAUGAAAUAGAAGAUGGAGAUGCCACGACUGCACCUAACCUUUCAGCUCGUCAUCAUAACAUCGGAAAUGCUUACUUUGCUUGCUCCCAAAGUUCAGAGCUUGAACGUGAACUUAAAGAUUCGAAUCGAAAAAGAACCAUUCGUUAUAAUUGUGGUGGCAAAGUAUCAAUUAAAAUUGAUAUACCAGCGGCAGAAGCAAAGAUAACAUUAAAGCAUAAAAUUUUGCAUAAUAAACCUAUUGAGGUUGAAACGCCAUCUGAAGUAAAACAAGAAAUUAAUAAGCACUUACACUUGAAUCCUGUCGAAUUAAGACAACAUCUUCGAAAAAAAUUUAAUAUAUCCAAUGUCACAUCUAAGCAAAUUCAUUACUGCCAAGAUGGAUUACGAACUGAAGCACUUACAGGGUUUUUUCUUACUCUUCGUAAUAAGGGUCUAAAUCCAACUUUCUUUUACUCUGAUAAAGAUUUCGCCGAAAUAACAGCUGCUAAAAAUGUAUGGCCCUUAAUUGAUAUACAACUUUGCCUAUGGCAUCUAGAAAAAGCGAUCAAAAAUAAGCUUAAAAGUCGUAAAAAAAUCGAACGUAUAAAUUAUAAUUAUGAAGAGGUUAUAAAAGAAUUUACCUUCGUCGAUUCUUCUUUUAUUCCAGACCUACAACAUACAGAUUAUGA